AUGGCUCAAAGAAAGCAAAGGUCAGUUUCGGAAGAGCUGCGCGUUUAUGAUUUCCCACAGAAUCUAUAUACCUUAAAUGCAAACUUCAAGUCCUCAUUCUUUAAGCCGGUUCCUGAGAGUGUGGUUGAGAAUCAAAUCAUCACCAUCGAACACUUCUUCACGGACGAGUUUUGCAAUGAGUUGAUUACGGAUUUUUCCAACAAACUUACCUUAGAAACCACUCCCCUAAUCAAGAGUAGGGAAUACGCAGCGCGUCAUAAUGACAGAGUCUCUGUCACGUCUUUACCGGCUGCUGAUGCAUUGUGGAAAUAUUUAAGGUCUGUGUUGAUGGAAGUCCCUCAAUAUGAUGCCUCAGAGCUGGACCUGAUAAGACAAAUAUUCAAAAACGCGAAAAGUCUUAACCCUCAAUUGCGUAUUUAUAGGUAUAUAAAAGGACAUCACUUUGGCAAACACUAUGAUGAAUCUGUCUCUUGUCCUCUCGCACACGAUGCAAAGAUCAAAGGUAAGACCAAGUGGACUCUUCUCAUCUACUUAACAGGAGACGACGAAUUCUCUGGCGGUGGCACAAUUUUUCAUCCUGAGAUUCGAGACUCAAUGCCUCUUAAUAUUCACCCAAGUAAAGGAAUGGCACUUUUACAUAAGCACGGAGAUGAUUGCUUGAAGCAUGAAGCAGAGAUUGUCCGAAGUGGAGUGAAAUGGGUUUUGAGAUCAGAUGUCACAUAUUGA